AUGGUAACCCCAGAUGAAGACAUCUUCUACCUGGUUGGACUGCUAUCUUCAGCCAAGCCACAUUCCACAGGGAAAGAUGGAUUGGAACACAUCAUAAAGCAAAAUGAUCGAAUAUUGAGACUCUGUGAAAGGAAGCAACUAGGGGUGAAACAGUAUCUGCCACAAUAUAAGACACAAAAUGAAUGGAAAGUUCACUUUGGUAAACAAUGGGGAGUCUACAGUAGAAGGAAAUCCACCUAUGACCCUUUAGCAAUCCUAGCUCCUGGCCAGAGAAUUUUCAAAAAAGCAGUACCCUUUCAGUGA